AUGCGUUUCUCACUUGCUCUUGCUACUCUCCCGGUUGCGUUGGUGGCUGCUGUCCCUACUGGAAAACGUUGCACCGGAACGAUCUCAUCAUUGAACGAUGUCGCCGCCGCCCAGAAAUGUACAACUAUCAACAUCAAUGCAUUCACCGUCCCCGCCGGGAAGACCUUUGCAAUUUCUGCUCUCGAUGGCACGACCGUCAACAUGCUGGGUGAUGUUAAGUUUGGCGUCGCCAACUGGGCCGGUCCUCUUUUCUCUAUCACCGGCAAUAACCUUUCAAUGGAAACGGCCACACUUUUGACGGCCAAGGACCUUCAUACUGGGAUGGGCAAGGCGGAAACGGAGAUUAAGAUGUCCGGUACCUACUCGAACGUCAAGGUUCUCAACUCGCCCGCGCAUGUAUACAGCGUCAGCAACCCUGCCAAGCUGGUCAUGUCCAAGCUCACAAUUGACAACUCCGCCGGUGACAAACCCAACAGCAAGUCGGGCGGCAAGGCUGCUGGUCACAACACCGAUGGUUUCGAUGUUUCUACCACCGAUCUUACGAUCGAGGACAGCACCGUCUACAACCAGGAUGAUUGCAUCGCUAUCAACAAGGGCUCGAAUAUUAUCUUCCAGCGCAACACUGCUCUGAACAUUCAAAUCUUGAACAACAAGGUUGUCAACAACGAUCAGGCGCUCCGCAUCAAGACCAAGGCCGACGCUAGCAACGCCUCUGUGACCAACGUCGUCUUCAACGGCAACACUGCGACCGGCAUCAAGAAGUACGGUGUCAUUGUUGACCAGAGCUACCCCUCUACCCUUGGCACUCCUGGAAACAAGGUCGCCAUGUCUGGCAUCUCCUUCGGUACCAACAACAUUGCUGUCACCUCUGAUGCUCAACGUGUCGCUGUUGACUGUGGUGCUGGAUGCACUGGUUCUUGGGACUGGUCUGGACUCAAGGUCACCGGUGGCAAGGCCGGCAAGGUGUACAAUUACAAGAACAUCAAGGCUGGAAGCUACUAA